CAUGGCUUCACGGGUCCCCCCACCACAUCAGUGAAAGAAUCAGACCGAACCGACCUGUGAACCAUCCAUAUGACCAUCAUCAUGACUCCUCUCUUCCUUUUCUACCCUAUUAAAUUAGUUUUUAUUGCAACCCGUGAGUUCUGCAUUUUCUUGGUUAGUUCUCACCCAGUGCACCAAGAGGGCGGUCAGUGAGGGAAGGGCAGUGUGGUGCUGAGCUGCUGCCAGCACUGCAGUCCUUGUGCUGCCCAACGUGGGGCCCGAAGGGCGCAGAUCCCAGUGCACCACUGAAGCCACGUGUGCUGUGUUUGGCGUCCCAUGGGGGACAGCAGACGAGGCCACGUGCUGACAGAACUCUGGGGACAGUCUGUGACACUCGAGGGGUGAUCGCCUGAGUGGGACACACAAAGAGGGUCUGUGUGCAAUGCUGUGUGUGUGUGUGUCAGCCAACAGGGGACAAAGCGGUGCCACCACAAAUGGGGGAAAUGUGUCACGAGGUGGAGAUAGCACGUCAUCCUGUCCCCAAGGGGAAAUGAGAUUGCCUCUCCGGCCACUCCCUGUCCCAGCUGCAGUCUCGCUGUCCCCAGCUGCUGCAGCCUCAUGGCACCAAUGGCGCUGGCCCUCAUCCUGGGUUGGUGGCUGGUGGCAGCGAGCAGAGCACAGCAACUGCCCCCACCCUCCCUGUCACUGCAUCCCAGCCAGGCGGUGCCCCUGGGGGACACUGUCACCUUAAGGUGCCGCCUGCCCCGCGUGCGAGCCUGGGUCCAGCUCUGGUUGAAUGGAACUCUGAGGUCCGACAAGGAAAAAGACAAGGAGCAGGAUACAGCUGAGUUCUCCUUUGCUGUCACAAAGCUGGAAGAUGCGGGGACGUAUCAGUGUCGGUACCAGGUGUCAGAGCCACUGUGGACAUCAAAUAAGAGUGAGCCCGUGGAGCUGGUGCUGACAGGUGCCAAGGGGCGGUCCCAUGGGAGCCUGGUGGUGGCGGUGGUGAGGGGCUGUGCUGCUGUCUUCGUCUUCAGCCUGGGCCUCUACUUCGUCCUCGAUGCCCGCAGCCUCUGGACAAGCAGGGAUAGGAGCCCUGGCGUCACCCCUGAAACGCCCAAGUCAAUGCAGUUCCAGGUGACUCCCAGGGACAGCGAGGAUCUGACCUACACCGAGAUGCCAGCUGCCAUCCCGUGCUCCCAGACUCCCAGUUCCCACACUGACCCCCAACCCCCCGUUAUCUACACCACAGUGAGCACUGAAUUACCGUGCUGAUGGGCCUCCCCAAGUGCCUCAUUUUCGGGGUGUAUGGAAGGGGACAGACCUCAAAUUCCCUGCUUGGGACUGCCUGGUGUCCUCUUCUUAUCCCAGACCAGCUCAUCUCCCCUAAUCUAACAACCCCAAAUUCUCCCUGGUGCACCCCAAAUGCUUCCCACUCACACCAAAUCCCUCAAUGCUCAUCUCUUACCCCAAAAUCCCGCCUCAUCCCCUCAAAUACCUUAAUACUCUCCAAUCCACUUCAAAACACCACCACCAUUCCUCAGACACCCUUAUCUGUCUCAAUCUAACACUCUUAUGGAGAUACAUCAAAAUGUCCCUUUCCUCCCCUUUCAUCCCCUACAGAUGCCCUAUAGAUCCCCUAUAGACCCCCCCAAAAUCCCCUGCUUCCCAUUCUGUCCUGCUUUUAUCCUUGGUCUUUGGGUGCUGAGCAAUUCCUUUGUGCAUCGCUUGCCUUGGAUAAGUAUAUACCCCUAUCUGAUUAUCAUUCCUGUUAUUUCUCUCUUCCUUUUCGGUCUCAGUAAAUAGAUUUUAUCUCCACCGAUGAAUUCUUCCUCAUUUCUCUUGUUCUCUCCCCACACCCACUGGGAGGGGGCCAGUGAGAAUAAAAGCUGUGUGGUGCUGA